AUGAGAAAAGUCCAAGGAAACGAUUCUUUCCAGAGAAUAAAUUUCUUAUACCAGAUAAGUAAGCAGAUCGCUGAAACAAAUCCUGCACUAUCAGCUUAUUAUGGAAAUUUAAUCGUCAAUGUAGCUAAGAAAAAUGUUUUAAAAAUUCAUCCCGAUUUAAAGAGGCAAAUAUGCAAGAGGUGCCGCUGCAUAUUAUUAGACAAUAUAUCUGCAAAAGUUAAGAUAAAGAAUAAAAACAAAUCUAAAUAUAUACAAUGGACUUGUAAAACUUGUGGAAUGAAAAGAAAUUUUCCAGCAGACAAAAAUAAGGAUCAUAGAGUAUGGUUAGAAAAACCUGAGGCAGUGGUAGAAGUCAUUAAC